AUGGACAGGCGGGGCCCGUACGGAUUGGCCUGCAUGGCAUGCUUCAAAGCCAAGAGCAAGUGUGUUGCACAACCAGACGGCGAGGGAUGUCAGAGAUGCCAUCGCCUGAAUAAGCAAUGUUAUCCCUCCGAGUCCGGCAGGAAGCGCAGCUCCCCAUCGGUUUCCAGCUCUCAGAUUACACAAUUGGAGUCCAAGCUUGACCGGGUGUUAUCGCUGCUGGAGUCCACUCCUGCAAGUAUACCACAGACCCUCAACGAGGCGAAUAAAUACGCGGGUCCAUCUUUCUCAGAACAAUCAGUCCUCAACUCGGGCAUAAACCUAGACGCCAUAUAUGAAAAACGCUCCCUUCACCCGCCCCCGGUGCGAGAUUCAGAACAAGCACUAGCUUUGUUUCGUCAUGAUUUUCUCCCACAUUGUCCAUUUAUCUAUAUACCCCCAAGAUUGACCGCCAAGGAGCUUCAGCAAGAGAGGCCCUUCCUUUUCGAAAACAUACUAUGCGCAACCGCCCGCUGCAUACAAGACAGGGAUGGACGAGAGAGGGAAAUCAAGGUGAAAAUUGUGAAUGCUACUGUCAUGCAGAGCCGACCCAGUAUCGACUUGCUUCUGGGAACCUUGAUCUAUAUUCAAUGGGGACAUGCUGGAUUCCGCACCGAUAUCACCUGUGUCCCUCGAGUGAUGGCCCUCGCUAUCUCCAUCGCCCAUAAACUCCGCCUCAACGAGCCAGUGCCCGAAACUGCACAUACACCGCUUGAACUUGGUGGUGCCGCGUACAUUAAAAAAAAUGAGUAUCCGGGGGGGCGUUCUCUUGAGGAAGUACGUGCUGUACUGGGAUGCUACCUCAUAAGCUCUGUCAUUUCGAUUCUUUACUCGGAGACGGAUACAAUGCGUUGGACUGCCCAAAUGGAUCAAUAUCUUAGCGCAAUCGAGGUCAGUGCGGAACAUACUGAUCGUGCACUGGCCACCCAUAUACGCUUGCAGCUCCUCGUCGAGAGCGCCAGGCAAGCUCGCAGUCAGCAGGAGCCAAAGGCCCCAAUUCAGGUUUUUACCCGGUCCUUCCAGUCGCAGCUGCAAUUUCUCCGAAAGUCCAUACCCCCGGAACUAGAAAACGAAGACAUGAUCCGCAUGCACCUACACUACGCUGAUCUCAGCAUCCAUGAAACUGCAUUUUCAGCGGCCUAUGGAUUUCCUGAGUCUGCGUGUGAAGAAGCUACCGCGAAUAAUGUGCUGGGCCCGGAGGCUAUUGAAUGCAUGUACAAUUCUUUACUCGCGACCAGGUCCUACUUUGCCGUGCAUUCGAGUCUCCCGCCCGAUUGGCUCGUAGGGUGCUCGAUCAUGACUUGGAGCCAAUUCUGCCGGUGCCAGGUGACUGUCUACCGGCUCUCCAUCCAUCCAGCCGCGGACUGGGAUCGGGAGGCGGUCCCUAACAUCGUUGAUCUUAUCCGUGUGCUAGAUUCCGUCCGGCAAAGAUCCAACGCCAUCGCUGUCGAUUCUGGAGAGCCACACGAAGAUGAUAAGUGGAGGAGGACAGCACUCAUCAUGGAAACGGCAAUGGAAUGGCUAGGCUCUAAGCUCAAUCCUGACGACGUAAAAGGGUCUCCACAGUAUGGAAGCUCAGGGCCGACGAGUACAGCACCCGAGACGGAACGCGAACUCGCAUCUCCUCAUACUUCUUCUGAGACAUCUGCAUCCAUCGGCAGCGCAUUUUGGCUGCAUAGAGCCGUCUGGGGAACCCACUGA